CACCCAAGGUUACGACGCCGGCUCCAAAUCCUAAGAAUCCCGAAGUUCUAUGCAGGGGAAAGAAGAAAGACGUAAUAUUUGCAGUGGAUAUGUCUAACAGUAUCUGGGAAGUAGAUUUCAAUACACAACUUAAGUUUCUGUCUGAUCUCGUCGGCGUCUUCGACAUUAACUCUGGAAAUACACGGGUUGGACUUCUGACGUUCAGUACUGGCACACAAGUGAAUUUCUACCUGAAUAAUUAUGCUAACGUUGAUGACGUCAAAAACGCCAUUCUUGCAGUGAAGCAAAAAGGAGGCUUGACAAAUACACAUCUUGCAUUGAAGGAAGUCCAAAAUGAUUUAUUAUCAUUCGAGCAUGGUGCACGAAAAGGUGUAGAUCACGUGGUCAUUGUAAUAACCGAUGGUGUCUCAAGACAGCAAAAACUGACGGCUUCACAGGCUGAUAUGUUACAUCAAGCAGGCGUUGAAGUUAUUGCAAUUGGUGUAGGAGAUAAAAUAGAUGUAGUCGAACUGAGUAACAUUGCCUCAAGACCUGAAUAUAUGUUUGAUGUGAAUGGAGGUUACAGUACACUGAAGGACAUCUCCAACAUACUGGCAAGAAAAACAUGUGAAGUGGUUUACUGAAUGACUGCCAGUUGAGAUUCACAGACUCGGAAGUACCUUGGUGUUUGUUAAAACUGCAAACAUUCUUUUGAACAUUAAAUGCGUUUGUGCUUUAAAUAGUGAAAUGUGAACGCAUACUGUAGAAGGUAGAACAAAUUGUGUAUAUUCACUAAGAUGUAAACUUUUAUUUAAUAAAUUAUGCAAAUGUUUA